AUGUGAACAGCCUCGCCGGACCCAGGAUGGAGCGAUUUGCGUCAGAUCAGCCCGACAACUUUACAGUUUUGUUGCUGUAUUUCCCUUGCCCUUCUCGGCUUACGAUUUGCUACCAACCACUGUACAUUGAAGCUUUUCAUGUGAUGUUGGAUCUUGUACUGGUGCACAGAUCCAAGCUGUGUACAUCACAAGAUUUUUCAUGCAGUAUGCGCAUAGGUGUCAUAACAAUACGUCUCCAAAUUUACUCACUGCAGUUGCAAAAAUCUCUGUAAGGUGGCAGCCAUUGCUGCUGCCACAGCUAGGUAGUGAGUGGUGGUGGUAGACUGGUAGUAGAAGUGGUAGUAAUCCUUUUGCCGGGGCAGGCAUGUGAGCUGACCGUGCAGCGGCAACUGCAUGCUGUCUUCCAGUUCAGUCUCCCUCUCCCUUACUAUAAAUCCUAACGCAUCACGAGGAGCGGCAGUGAGCAGUGAGGGAGAUGGGUCUUUGACGCUUUAGCCACAGAAGCGAAGCGAGCGGAUCAGGAGCUGCCAUGGACUGGUACUCGUGGCUGUCGAGGACGGGGCUGGCGCCGUCGCUGACGUACGAGUACGGGCUCCUCUUCAUCCGGAACGAGCUGGAGCCCUGUGACGCGACGCACUUCGACCACGACCUGCUCAAGAGCAUGGGCAUCGCCAUCGCCAAGCACCGGCUCGAGAUCCUCAAGCUGGCCAAGAAGCAGGGCGCCGCGGCGGAGGGCAAGGACGGCGCCGGCGACGCCUCGGCGGCCGCGCGGCUCGCGCGCAGGGCCAGGGGGUGCCUGACGCGGUGCGUGCGCCGGCUGGCCGGCGGGGGAAGGAGGGGCGCGUCGUCGGUCACCGUCGUGCCGAGGAUCUGCAGCGGCGACGACGCCGUCCACGUCGGCGCCGUGCAGAGGAAGAGCGCUGCCAAGAAGAUGAUGCUCAUGAUCACCGACGGUGGCGGCGGCGAGGGUUUGAGGGGCGGCGCGCGGCUGUCAGCGUCAUCGCAGAAGGCGAGCCUGAUGUUCCAUGACUGUUACCACGACGACGGCGACGAGGACGACAGCGGCGACGACGAGGAGGAACGGUGCUCACAGGACGGCACCGGAAGGGAGAUCAAGUGGGACUCCAUGUUUCAGGACCUGAAACCAACGUGAUGGUCAAGCUCAAUUACGUCCUCUUCGAUCUUGCGCUGCUGGUUUGGUGUUCUUGCGUAAUUUGUUCGUUUGCGGCUAGGCUGUUGUGGGAGAGAAUUUUUACAACUCUCUUGAAUGGUGCGUUGUGUGUCCUUCAGGAGAGAAGAACUGAAGAACAUGGGAAUGUACAUUUGGCAAUGUUCAGCUAAUAAUGUCCAACGCCAAUAUCGUUUGAUUCUGUCAAAGAACUAUAGUUUCUGAGAAAUUGAGGUUCAAGUUUGAGUGAGAGUGAAGGUUAAGUAUGCCCUCAUUGUUAGCAGUCAAUGGAAUUACAGAAUGGAGUGUAAAUGUGAG